AUGUUGAGGCUUAUCAACAGAGGAAACAAGCGGUGUGAUGAGCCAUGGUCACCUCUCUUUUAUCCACUUCAACCAUGCCUUAUUGUAAUACGUGUUGGCCGUGCCGCCAUCUCAUCAGUUGCAUCCAGGAAACUUUGCGUGGCGCUCUCACCACGUCUCUUAGGUGAAGGUAUCGCUUCCAAUGUUUCCCUUAGCAGCCGUGUGCAGCGGGAGGCUUUUUAUUAUGUAGUUUCAUACCUUUCGCUUCGUCGCCCUGUACUCAUUGCAUGGCCAGUGGAAAAAGUGCUGUGGAUUAUUGGGCGAAAUGCUUCAGGUUCAGUAAGUGGUACUACCACAAAUAUAAUGUCACGUUUAGCAGGGCAACCCCUCGUGCGGCAGGUGACGGCAGUGGCACUUCAUGGCGGAAUCGCCUCCACCGCCGCUGCCGUUGUUGUGCAAAUUGGCGGUCGAAGUUUUGUGUUGUUGCGGCGAGCCAUCACGGACUCGAGUUUUUCAAAGUUGUCUCUCCAACAAUAUUGUCAUGAUGUUGUUACGAUUCUCGCAUCCGCUGGCGUGUCUGUAGCGGGUGGAGGUGUCGGGGCAGUUGUUGGUGGUUUUAUUCUUCCGGGUAUUGGAACCGUAAUUGGAUGUAUUGUUGGAUCUUUUGGUGGUGGACUUGUGCCUUACGCUUUGCGAGACGAGGGACCCGAGAAGAAGCAACAACAAAUGGCGCAACAUUGUUACAAUCCAACUCGGCCACUUAAAAUAUUGGAGGAAGAUGAUGGUUGGCUCUAUAUUACAGACUGUACUGGGGAUUCGCAGUAUAUGUUUUACGACCAAAUGGGAGGUGGGGAAACAAAAUCUAUUUUAGAGGAGGAUGGCGCUGUCAAUGGUGUAAAGGUCGAGAAUUGUGAUGUUGACGGAAGCGACGAUAGUGUUGGAAGUGAGUGGGAAGAUGUAAAGGACGCAGAUUCGUAG